GCUUGUUGUUCUGUACUUCAGUUAUCUGUAAUCUCGUGUUUCGUAAGUUGAUUCCGUCUCAAGCUCCUCUCUUUUGCACCUAACGUUCCUCGUCAAAUGAUGGAUUCUUUCUUUCGAUCCUGAAGAAGGGAUAUCUCCGUAUCGCUCUCUUCCGCCCCUCCUCCCAAUUUCAUUUCUGGCUUUCUGCUCCUCUGUGUUUCCUAUAGAUCGGUGGAUUCAUGGAGGCGGUUCAGUUCAAGUUGUUUCUGCCGCUAUUUUUCGCGGCUUUUCUACUCUCUCCGUUGAUUCAUGCCACGGAAGUUAAGUACUGCGAUAAUAAAGGCAAUUAUGCUGUUAAAGUGAGCGGAGUCGAGAUGUCGCCGGAGCCGGUGGUGAGAGGCAAGCCUGCGACCUUCAGCAUCUCCGCCACCACAGAUGAAGUAAUCUUUGGAGGGAAACUUGUAAUUGAGGUUUCAUACUUUGGGGUACAUAUCCACACUGAGAGCCAUGAACUCUGUGCAGAAACAUCUUGCCCUAUUAUAGUGGGUGACUUUGUGCUCUCUCACACCCAAACAUUACCAGGAUAUACUCCCCCGGGCUCCUACACUCUCAAGAUGAAGAUGAAUGACAAAAAUGGACACCAGUUGACAUGCAUUGGCUUUGAUUUCAGCAUUAGCCUAGGAAUUGUUGUGGUGGAUAGUUAGGUAACUGGAAGACUGUUCUGUUCUGGAUUGGCAUGUAGAGAGAGAGAUUGCAUUAUUCUGUUCUGUUUUGGAUUGGCAUGUAGAUAUCCGUUCUAUUGAAACUUAAACUAAUAAAUACCACAAAUUUCCUGUAACUUCUAUGCUA